CCGCCCCCCUCACCCCUGCGCACUGGCCCCCGGAGCGCGCCGCCCGGGGCGCGGCUGUCGGCGCCCUGCGCUCGGCCGGCGUGGACUGCGCUGCGCUCCCGGCUCCCUCGGCGCCCCGGCCCCGGUUAUUAGAAGUGGAUUGUUUUGAAAACAAAGCGCACUGUGAGGACAUCAAAGGAGACUCACUCCUGUCAUCUUAAGUCUCUGAAGGUGGAGCUGGUUUUCCUGGGGGAGCUCCCUGUCCAGCACUGAAACCCUGAAGGCCAGGAUGAUCCUGCCCAAUGCCACAGCCGUGACGCCCUUUCUGACCACGCUGUGGCAGGGGACAGUUCAACAGGGCAGCAAUUCAUCCGGCCUGGCCCGCAGGGCCCCCGGCCAUGAUGACAGCAGGCUGGCCGCCCUCUACAUCCUCAUGGUGCUUGGCUUUUUCGGCUUCUUCACGCUGGGCAUCAUGCUGAGUUACAUCCGCUCCAAGAAACUGGAGCACUCCCGAGACCCAUUCAACGUGUACAUCGAGUCUGACGCCUGGCAGGAGAAGGACAAGGCGUACUUCCAGGAGCGGAUUCUGGAGAGCUGCAGGGCGUGCUAUGUCGUUGAAAACCAGCUGGCUGCCGAACGACCCAGUGCAUACCUUCCCGAGAGGAAGCCUUCGUUGUGACCCGCCACAACUGGUUUAAACUAGACCGAGUCUCCCUGAUGAUCUGGUUUUUCUAAUCACACGGUCCUUAUACUCUUUAUCAUAUGGAUGUAAUUGUUUUUUUUUCUAUUGUAAGGGGUGAGGGGUGGAUUAAUAACACUAUAUUUCUAGAAAUUACAUUCGUCCUCUAACCGACUAUCAGCGGUUCUCCGGUGUCUGUGUCUGCCUUGUCAAUUCCAGCAGCAUCCCUAGGCCGUGGCCUCUGAGACUAAGAGCUGUGUCUCCCAGACUCCCUUGCAGCUGGCGAGGUCACGUGAGAAAGUUCUGGCCGGUAGAACUGGAGUGAUGUGCACAG